UCUGUACGACAGUAACACCUUAUGAACUUGUACAACAAAAAAUAACCAUGUAUUUGGUGAUUUGAUACUUGACAGCUUGUGAUUGACGUUAUUAAGGUUUACGCUUUUGUAUUGUAGUAAAGCUUGUAAUUAUUGAAAUGGUGGACAAAUUAGUGAAUAGUGAAGCCAACAAUAGGCGGAUAUUGAUGGUAGAGAGUUGUUUUGGGACAUCUGGACAACCUCUACAAGUGCCAGGACGAGUCUUAGUAGGUGAAGGAGUAUUAACCAAAAUGUGCAGGAAAAAACCAAAACCUCGACAAUUUUUUCUAUUUAAUGACAUCCUAGUAUAUGGAAAUAUAAUUAUUAACAAAAAGAAAUACAAUAAACAACAUAUCAUUCCAUUAGAAGCAGUCAAGUUAGAAAGUUUACCUGAUGACAGCCAGUUUAGAAAUGGUUGGUUGAUUAAGACAACUUCCAAGUCUUUUGCUGUCUAUGCUGCAACAACAGUUGAAAAGAAUGAGUGGAUGGCUCACAUAAACAAAUGUAUAGAGGAUUUGCUGCGAAAAAGCGGUAAAAAAGCGGUGGAGGAGCACGCGGCCGUUUGGGUACCGGAUGGUGAAGCUCCCGUUUGUAUGCACUGUAAAAAGAGCCAGUUCACGUUGAUAAAUCGGAGGCAUCAUUGCCGUAAAUGCGGUGCGGUUGUUUGCGGACCUUGCUCAAACAAACGAUUCCUACUACCAAAUCAAAGCUCAAAACCGCUGAGAGUCUGCAUACAUUGUUAUGAAUCUUUGACGUCGGCUAAGAAUCAUAACGUCGCCGAGACGGUGCAGAGAGACCACCCAGAUUCGUCGGGAGAAGAAGACUCAGAUGAUGAUGACGUUCAACAAGGCCAAACUGAACCACAUGAUGUGCCGAAAUUCUAUGGUGAUGAGAAGCAUGGAGAAUAGCAGAUUCCAACAGCAAUAAUUAUGCACUUCCAUAUUUUAAAUAAUCAAUUCAACUAUUUUUAGUAUUGAAUAAUAUCUAUUUUUAAUAUGAUCACAAUCAAUAGUAACUGUAUAUAAUUUUUAUAACUAUGUAGAUAUUAAGAAUAUAAAACAGUAAUUUUUCAUUGAAAUGUGAGGUGCUAUUGUAUCGUUCUUUUUGUCGAAUUGGUAACAAUUGUAAAUAAUUAUAUUUAUUUAUUCGGUAUUUUGUUAUUUUUCUUAAUGUUUACAUAAGAAGUUAAGUAAUUUCAGAUAAAAAGUGUUUAUUAGCAAUGUUUUAAUUAUUCAAUAUAUAUAUAUAUUUUGAAGUAGAUAAAGUUGUUUCAUGACAAACAUAAUUUUACCAUUCUAAAGUAAUUGCAACGAAUUUACACACAGAAUUUUUUCUAAACAAAUUAUAUGGUGAAAUAGUGUUUACAGUUAAUUGAAUCGAAUUCAAUUUUAAAUUGCAACUGUGAUACGUUGGCCUAUAUCUAUUUUUGUAAUUGUAUAAAAAUAUUUAACCAUUCAUUAUUUUCUCCACGUCUUCAUAUUAUGUUUAUUCAUCACAUAAUUAUUGAAAUAAUAUUUGUUGAGAUUAUUGAAUCAUUAAAAUAUUUAUAUUGA